GAGGUGGACGUCGGCGUCGCUGGGGGCAGGUGCGGGAUCGCGGCCACACGUGCGCUGUCUAAUGCCCUUGUUGUUUGGAUACAGAUACCGGAGUCACGGCAGCUUUAACCCCGAGGAGACUAGAAAAGGGGUGUUUGGACUGAAACUGAAGAAGAGGAAGAAGAAUAAAGGAGAAAAAGGAUUGAUCCUAACCAACAAGGCUGCCCGAGAUCGUCAAGGUGAAGUUGAAGUACCACAAGAGGGGCCUUCUCCCCAGGAAGGAUCUGAAGGAGAUUUGGUUUAUGGUGAUGCUUCUGUCACUCCUGUCUCCACAGCUGGUCCAAAGAGAAGAGCUAAACUGUUGAAAAAGGUUCAUGAUGGGGAAGUCAGAUCCCAAAAUUAUCAGAUCGCCAUCACCAUCAUUGAGGCUCGUCACCUGGUGGGUGAAAACAUUGACCCCAUCGUGACCAUUGAGAUUGGGGAUGAGAAGAAGCAAAGCUCAGCGAAGGAAGGAACCAACAGCCCAUUUUUUAAUGAAUACUUUGUCUUUGACUUCAUUGGACCCCAAGUGCAUCUUUUUGACAAGAUCAUCAAAAUCUCAGUCUUUCACCACAAAAUCCUAGGAAGCAGCUUACCUAUUGGCUCCUUCAAAGUAGACCUGGGGACCGUGUACAACCAACCUGGUCAUCAGUUCUGUGACAAAUGGGCCCUGCUCACAGACCCUGACGACAUCAGGACUGGCACCAAGGGGUACCUGAAGUGUGACAUCAGCGUGACUGGCAAAGGCGACGUCUUAAAGGCCAGUCAGAAAAUCUCCGAUGCUGAGGAGCAAAUAGAAAAGAACCUCUUGAUCCCUCAAGGGUUUCCCUCAGAGAGGCCCUGGGCCAGAUUCUACAUCAGACUCUACAGAGCGGAGGGAUUGCCCAAAAUGAACUCCAGCCUCAUGGCCAACGUCACCAAAGCGUUUGUGGGGGACAGCAAGGACCUGGUGGAUCCCUUCGUGAAGGUGUCCUUUGCAGGGCAGAUGGGGCGAACCACAGUGCAGAAGAACUGUGCUGAUCCUGUGUGGCAUGAACAGGUCAUCUUCAAAGAGAUGUUCCCACCCUUGUGCCGGAGGGUGAAAAUCCAGGUGUGGGAUGAAGGCAGUGUGAAUGAUAUAACCCUGGCAACCCACUUCAUCGACCUGAAGAAAAUCUCCAAUGAACAGGAUGGGGAUAGAGGCUUUCUACCUACCUUCGGCCCUGCCUGGAUUAACCUAUACGGCUCACCCAGGAACCAAAGCCUAAUGGAAGACUAUCAGGAACUGAAUGAAGGCUUCGGAGAAGGUGUUUCAUUCCGGGGCAGGAUCUUGGUAGAAAUUGCGGUGGAAAUCCUCUCUGGAGGAGCGCAGGAGUCUAAAUUUUCCAAGGCGCUCAAGGAUCUCAAGCUGUCGUCCAAAUCUUCCAAAGGUUCGAGUAAAGACAAGGCUGAAAAGGCCGAUGAUGGAAAAUCCCAGCAGUCUUCAGACAAAAGCAACUCAACAGAGGUUGAGGUGGAACCUUUUGAUGUACCCCCGGAGAUUGCACCAGAAAAAUAUGAGGAAUUUUUACUCUUUGGAGCAUUUUUUGAAGCUACCAUGAUUGACCGGAGGAUUGGGGAUAAGCCCAUUAGCUUUGAAGUUUCCAUUGGUAAUUUUGGGAACUUGAUUGAUGGAGGGACCCAUCACGGGGUUCGGAAGAAGUCAGCUGACUUGGUUGAAGGAGACACUGUCCCGCUGCUGCAUGAGAAAGAAGGGGAUGCAGCUCACGACGCCCGCCUCCCUGUGGUCUCCACCACUCACCCAGAGAAGCCACUUGUGACAGAAGGAAACAGAAAUUAUAAUUAUUUGCCAUUUGAGGCCAAGAAGCCCUGUGUCUACUUCAUCAGUUCUUGGGGAGACCAGACAUUCAGGCUGUACUGGUCCAACAUGCUGGAGAAAAUGGCAGACCUCCUGGAAGAAGGUAUAGAAGAAAUAAAGGAAUCGAUCAAGAUUUCAGAGGAAGCACCAGAAGAGAAAAUGAAGUCGGUGCUCAACGGUUUCAUCAGUCAGAGCAGUGCCUUUAUCGCUGCAGCAGAAAAAAAGCCCAAGAUGUCGAACCAAACUACUUUAGAUAAGAAACGACUUACGCUCUGUUGGCAGGAGCUGGAGGUGAUGACCAAGGAGGCCAAGGGAAUCCUUCAGCAGCAGAAGAAAAAGUUGUCUCUCGAUGAAAUAAUCCAUGAAACCCAAAAGUUUGUGGAAAAAAUCCGCUUUCUUGUGGAUGAGCCUCAGCAUACCAUCCCCGAUGUCUUCAUCUGGAUGCUCAGCAACAACAAGAAGGUGGCGUAUGCCCGCAUCGCCUCCAAAGACCUGCUCUACUCCCCUGUCAGGGAGCAGAUGGGCAAACACUGUGGGAAGAUCAAGACUCAUUUCCUCAAACUUCCUGGAAAGCGGACAUCUGGCUGGUCUGUGCAAGCGAAAGUGGAUGUGUACCUGUGGCUGGGCUCCACCAGACACGCGGCCGCCAUGCUGGACAACUUGCCAGCGGGCUAUGAAGCAGAAAUAUCCUCCAAAGUGGCUGGUGCCAUUCAGCCCCCAUCCAACCUGCUGUACCGAGAUCGGCAUGUCUUUCAGCUGAGAGCUCACAUGUACCAAGCCCGGGGCCUGAUCGCAGCCGACAGCAGUGGACUUUCAGAUCCCUUUGCCAAGGUCACUUUCCUUUCCCACUGCCAGACCACAAAGGUCAUUUCCCAGACCCUGUCCCCCACCUGGAACCAGAUGCUGCUGUUCAAUGACUUGGUCCUGCAUGGAGACCAGAAGGAGCUGGCCGAGUCCCCGACUUCGGUGGUAGUGGAACUAUACGACAGCGACGCUGUGGGGAAGCCAGAAUACUUGGGGGCCACGGUAGCUGCUCCAGUUGUGAAGCUAGCUGAUGAGGACUAUGAGCCCCCCCAGCUGUCCUAUCACCCCAUCUUUUGUGGAAACCUCUCUGGAGGGGACCUCCUAGCUGUGUUUGAACUGCUGCAGGUGCCUUCAUCAGGGCUGCAGGGCCUCCCUCCCACUGACCCACCAGAUGUCACCCAUCUCUACCCAGUUCCCGCCAACAUUCGGCCAGUGCUGAGUAAAUACCGAGUGGAGGUCCUCUUCUGGGGAGUACGAGAAAUGAAGAAGGUGCAGCUCCUGUCAGUGGAUCGUCCUCAGGUUCUCAUCGAAUGUGGGGGUCGUGGAGUCAAGUCCUGUGUGAUCCAGAGCUACAAGAACAACCCCAACUUCAGCGUCCAGGCAGACGCUUUCGAAGUGGAGCUGCCUGAGAAUGAACUUCUGCAUCCGCCCCUGAGCAUCUGCGUGGUGGACUGGAGAGCUUUUGGGAGGAGCACCCUGGUGGGCACCUACACUAUCAACUGCUUGAAGCAGUUUUUGUGUAAAUCCAGGAAGCCCCUUGCUAUCACCUCACAGGUGGACGGAACCCAAGUUGAACAAGCCACUUCAUACUCAGUCACAGCCUCUGAGCCCUCUGGGGCCCCUAGCUCCUCCCAGGAACUCUGCACAGAUCACAUCUAUGUGGAUGUUGAACCACCUCCUGCCACGAUACCCGACUCCACUCAGGUUCAGCCAGAGAGCCUGGGUGACGUCCCAGACUCAUCUGCUAUCCUGGACCCCAAACGGAAGCCUGAAGCCCAGGAGCCACCAAAAGAUGGAAAAGCUAAGGAUUCCAGGAAAUUGUCCCGGAGGUCUACCAAAAGGAAGAAGAGGACCAUCGCAGAUGAAUCUGCAGAAAAUGUCAUUGACUGGUGGUCUAAAUAUUAUGCCUCCCUGAAGAAAGCACAGAAGGAAAAGGAGAGCAAUCCCAAGGAGAAAAAGGACAAAACAGAGAAGAAAUCAGAUGAUGUCGCGAUAAACAUAGAUGAUGGCCCAAAGAAGAGGAAAGACAAACUGCUCAAGAAGAAAGAGAAAGAAGAUGAAAUCCCAGACCUGGCUAUCCUGCAGAUGUACGAUGGUGAACUCGAGAGUGAAUUCAACAAUUUUGAAGACUGGGUGAAAACCUUUGAUCUCUUCAGAGGAAAGUCUACAGAAGAUGACCAUGGCUUUGAUGGGGAUCGUGUCAUAGGAAAGUUUAAGGGCUCCUUCUGCAUCUAUAAAAGCCCAGAGGAUUCCAGCAUUGAAGACAGCGGGCCGCUGAGGAUCCAGCAAGGGAUUCCCCCGAACCACCCCAUCAAAGUCCUGAUCAGGGUGUACAUUGUCGCGGCAUUUAAUCUUAGCCCAGCUGAUCCGGAUGGCAAAGCAGAUCCCUACAUUGUGGUCAGACUUGGCAACACAGAGAUCAAAGACCGGGACAAAUACAUCCCCAAACAACUGAACCCAGUGUUUGGAAGGUCGUUUGAGAUCCAGGCCACAUUCCCAAAGGAGUCCCUGCUCUCUGUCCUCAUCUAUGACCAUGACCUGAUCGGGACAGACGACCUCAUCGGCGAGACCAGAAUCGACCUGGAGAACCGUUUCUAUAGCAAGCACCGCGCCACCUGCGGCUUGCAGAGCCAGUAUGAGAUAGAAGGCUACAACGCCUGGAGAGACACUUCCAAACCCACUGAAAUCCUGACCAAGCUCUGCAAAGACAACAGGCUGGAUGGACCCUACUUUUAUCCUGGGAAAAUACAGAUAGGAAACCAAGUCUUUUCUGGAAAAACAGUCUUCACUGAAGAAGACACUGAUGAGGUGGUGGAGUCUUAUGACCACUUGGCCCUCAAAGUUUUACACUCCUGGGAGGAUAUCACAGAGGUUGGAUGUAGGCUGGUUCCUGAGCACAUAGAAACUCGGCCACUGUACCACAAAAAUAAACCAGGAAUGGAGCAGGGCCGCUUGCAAAUGUGGGUAGACAUGUUCCCCACAGACAUGCCUCAGCCUGGACCUCCUGUUGACAUUUCACCAAGGAAACCCAAAGGGUAUGAAUUGAGAGUGACCAUCUGGAACACUGAAGAUGUCAUUUUAGAGGAUGAGAAUUUCUUCACAGGACAAAAGUCAAGUGAUAUUUACGUUAAAGGGUGGAUAAAGGGCUUGGAAGAUGACAAGCAGGAGACAGACGUGCAUUACAACUCACUGACGGGGGAGGGGAACUUCAACUGGCGCUUCCUGUUUCCAUUUCAGUAUCUCCCAGCUGAGAAGCAAAUGGUCAUCACCAAGCGGGAGAACAUCUUCUCCUUAGAGAAGAUGGAGUGUAAGACGCCAGCUGUGUUGGUCCUCCAGGUUUGGGACUUUGAAAGGCUGUCCUCAGAUGACUUUCUGGGCACCCUGGAAAUGAACCUCAAUCAUUUCCCCAGAGCAGCCAAGUCUGCCAAAGACUGCGAUAUCAACAAAUUUGAAAAUGCAACAGAAGAGAACAAGAUUUCCAUAUUCCAGCAGAAGCGUGUGCGAGGCUGGUGGCCUUUUGCUAAAAGCAAAGAACUCACAGGUAAGGUUGAAGCUGAAUUUCACCUCGUUACCGCAGAAGAAGCUGAAAGAAAUCCCGUUGGAAAAGCCCGGAAGGAGCCAGAACCCCUGGCCAAGCCCAACCGCCCAAAUACCUCCUUCUCCUGGUUCGUGAGCCCCUUCAAGUGCCUGUACCACCUCAUCUGGAAGAAUUAUAAGAAGUACAUCAUCAUUGCUUUCAUUCUACUCAUCCUCACUGUCUUCCUGGUCCUCUUCAUCUAUACCUUGCCAGGAGCCCUCAGCCGAAAGAUCGUUGGCAGCUCUUAGAGGAUCCUGGAGGGCCAGGAGGUCCCCUUUUCCUAGUCUUCUCCACCUCAUCAUCUGCAAACAGCGAAGAGUGUGUGCUGGAGGCCAAAUGGGGAUGCCUGAGGGCCCGAGAACUAGUGUCUCUUUUUGGAUAGAUCAACUCUUUUUGGAGGACAUGAAAAAGGAAAAGGAGCUUCCCUCCCUAUCCAACACCGCCACCACCUUUCAAACCAAUAAGCCUUAAGUGGUGUUUGCACCUACAGGCAGCACGAGAUAAGGACUUGUCUCAGCGUACUCACUGUGAACGGCAGGUUGACUUCGGUGUUCUCUUUACAUGACUGGUUUUAUUCUGAAGAAUUUCAUUCUGGGUCUGAGAUUAUAUAGAAAGUACUUUCUUUUAAAUAAAAUUUUUACAGCAAGUAAACUGAAAACAUUUUAGCAAUUUACUAGUAGUUAACUUGUCCCACUUAG